UGAAUUAAAUGGAAACAAGAUUCUGAAAGUUUUUAUUAUUUAGCCAACUCUACUCUAACAAUGAAUGAACGGCCUUUGGCUUUUCUCUCAUCUCCCAUUCUCUCUCUCUCUCGAUCGAUUACAUAUAUAUAUAUAUGCACAUAUGCUAACAGAAACAUCUACUUCUUCUCAAUCAUCUUUGGAUCCAAACCCUUGUACCCAAAUGCCGAUAAUUCACUGAUUACAGCUUAAUCUUCAUGCAAACUUGCCAACAAUGGCGCCGCCACCCCAAGUCGACGAACCAGACCCUCCGGUACUCUUCGAUGCGUCUGUUCUCCGGCACGAACCCAACAUACCUCCACAGUUCAUCUGGCCGGACCAAGACAAGCCCGGCCUGGCGCAGCCGCUGCUGCUGGCGCCGCACAUCGACUUGGCGGCCUUCCUCUCCGGCGACCCUUUCGCCGUCGAGGCAGCCAUCCGGCUAGUCAAUGAGGCUUGCCGGAAGCACGGCUUCUUCCUAGUGGUCAACCAUGGCGUCAGCCGGCGGCUGAACGAUGAAGCUCUGGAGAAUAUGGAGCUCUUCUUCGGGAUGCCAUUGUCGGAGAAGCAGAGAGCUCAGAGAAUGCCCGGAGACCACUGCGGCUAUGCCAGUAGCUUCACCGGCAGAUUCUCCUCCAAGCUUCCAUGGAAGGAAACUCUGAGCUUUCGGUUCUCUGCUGAUCAUCACUCCUCGGACCUUGUCGGCGACUACUUCUUGGAGAAAAUGGGGGAAGAUUUUAGACACUUCGGGAGGGUUUACCAAGAAUACUGUGAAGCAAUGAGCAGGCUUUCUCUUGGGAUCAUGGAGCUUCUGGGGAUGAGCCUAGGGGUUGGAGCUUCCCAUUUCAGGGAAUUUUUUGAAGAAAAUGAGUCCAUCAUGAGAUUAAACUACUACCCACCUUGCCAAAAGCCUGAUCAAACCCUAGGAACUGGGCCUCACUGCGAUCCCACCUCCCUCACCAUCCUUCAGCAAGAUGAUGUUGGUGGGCUGGAGGUGUAUUUUGAUGGCAAAUGGCAUUCAAUUUGUCCCAGUUCAGAGGCUUUUGUGGUCAACAUUGGGGACACUUUCAUGGCUCUAUCAAAUGGGAUUUACAAAAGUUGCCUGCACAGAGCUGUUGUGAACAGCCAAAGUCCAAGAAAGUCUCUCGCCUUCUUUCUAUGUCCAAAGAUGGAGAAAGUGGUGAGGCCACCAAAUGUGCUGGUUGAUGCUAACAAUCCAAGGAUCUACCCGGACUUCACCUGGCCAACCCUUCUUGAAUUCACUCAGAAACAUUACAGGGCUGAUGGCAAAACCCUCCAUGCCUUCUCAACCUGGCUUCAAUCCAAAACCCACCAUAUAUGAUGAAGAUCCCAAGACAACACAUUACGUUAAUGACAACUACGUACUUAUCCAUUUUGUCUGUGCUUCUUGAAGUUUCCGCCUGAGUUAGUCUCACUGCAUCUUCCCGGCCCUUUGUGUGGUGGCCGAAAAGAAAAGAAAUUAAAAAAAAAUCCAUUUUGUCCAUUAUCUAGAUAGAGAAUAUCAGAGAGAUGAGGAGAGCUCUUGGUGCUACUGCUUUCUGGGUACAUCAAUGCUUCCAGGAGAGAAGUUAAUUACCAAGAAAGAGAAAGGUUAUAUGGCCUGUGUAGCUAGGGUUUUAGGGAUCCUAGUGAUCAUGGAGGGAAUCUAUAUCCAUGCAAGAACCGAUUUGUAGGAUCAAAGGGCUGAUGGAAUCAGCUUCUUACUAGAAAAUUCAGUUGGCUUUUGUUUUUGUUCAUUGAAUUUCUUGUCUGGGACUAUUCUAAUUAUAUUAAUUAAUGU